AUGGUUCUCUACGACUACGAUGCUGAGGAGGACAAUGAACUUUCCCUGCGCGAGGGUCAGAAACUGAUCCAUGUUGACCAGGUGGACGAAGGCUGGUGGUCUGCUACAGGACCGGAUGGAUCGGUCGGCUUAUUCCCCGCCAAUUAUGUUGAGCUGUUGGAACCACCGCCUGCACCUCCAGCUCCGUCGGCCUCGGCCCCGGAGACUGCCGCGGCUCCUACGAACAGUGCGAUUGCCCUGUAUGACUACGACAUCGAUGAAGACAAUGAAAUUGCUCUUGCGGAAGGCGAUCGCAUUGUUGACAUUGAGUUUGCCAGUGACGAUUGGUGGAGCGGCACGAAUGAGCGCACAGGUGCCACCGGCUUGUUCCCUGCCAACUAUGUCGAGUACCAAUCGUAG